AUGGAUAACUCUCUGGACAACACGACCCUCUCGACGGUGUCGCUCCUCGAAUCGCGGCUGCUGCGCAUCGAGCACCUUCUGUACGGCCCGACCGCGGCGUCGCCAUCGUCCCAGACAGAGUCUGCGGUCGACACGCUCCAAGACCUCGAACGCCGCUUCAACCACCUCCUGUCCCGUAUCCGCGUCUACGGCGAGUUGAUGAAGAUUUGUACGUCGUCCGCCCACCUGAUGCCCACGUCACUAACCCGGGUCGUAGACAACUUCCAUCCAACCCUCUUCCAGCCCCCUCCGCCGCCCGAGCCCCCGACCCAGCUGGCCCCAGAGGCGGUUCAGGCAACCGUCCUCGCAUCAGCAGCUUCCUUCCCGGCCACAGCCUCCUCGCUGACCUCCGUCAACGACUGCCCGAUCCCCGAAUCGUCACAGAGCGCCGCCCUGGCCUCCCUCGUGCCCAAGAUGCGCGGCAUCGAGACGAUGCAGAUCGCCCAGGAGGCCGAGAUGGCCGAUCUUCGCGCACGGAGCGAGGAGGUCCUCAAGAGAUGGUACCAACACAGCAUCCUAGGCGCUUCCGAGUUUGUAGCCGACGUCGAGGGCCGAGUGGAGUUGGUCGAGCGCCGUGUGCGGAGGGCCGAACGGGAAAAGGAAGAAGCGGCAGCCAUUUGA